AUGACAGCGACCCGCGGUCCGGUCGACGGCACCGUCAUGCCGUCUACCCCUCGGUCGUCUUCACCCUCCACCUCCGUAGGCACCGGUCGCUCCUCUCGCACAUCACUGUCUAAUGACCCCACCUCUCACCCUGGGCCCAGACUCACGAGCGAUGACCCAAUGACAGCUGUUGACGUCUCCAUGCUUGAAGAACCGAUGAGACUCGCCGCCGUCGACCAGCGCUUGGCUCCGGCCCAAGUCGACGCUGCCGAAGUCAAGCAAACGCGCGACAACGAAUACAUGUCGGAAUCCCACGCCACCGGCUUCCACGUCAUUCGUGAGCCCCAAUGGAACAAGGGUUCGUACACGUCUCUCCUCCUCGCCACUCUCCUUUACCUUUCCUCUCCUCUCCUCUCCUCUCCUCUCCUCUCCUCUCCUUCGCGACGCAAGUGGUCUGACGGAUCAGGCCUGUCCUUUACUCCCGAGGAGCGAGUGACGAAAAACCUCACCGGUCUUCUUCCCCAUGCCAUGGAGAGCCUCAGCACCCAGUGCGCGAGGGCGAUGCGCAUGAUCGAUACUCGACAGACCAACAUCGACAAGUACCUGUACCUGUCGUCGGUCAAGGCGGAGAAUACCGACCUCUUCUACCGCCUCCUGAUGGACAACAUCCGCGACCUCAUGCCUCUGGUCUACACGCCCACCAUCGGUGAUGUCUGCCUGCAGUACUCGACCCUCUACACGCGUCCCGAGGCUUUGUACAUUUCCAUCAAGCAACGAAAGUCGAUUCGCACCAUGCUCCGGAACUGGGCCUGCCCCAACCCGGAAAUUUGCGUCGUCACGGACGGGUCCCGGAUCCUGGGUCUCGGCGACUUGGGCAUCAACGGCGUCGGCAUAUCGAUUGGCAAGCUGUCUCUGUACACGGCCGCGGCCGGAAUUCAUCCGAAAAAGACGCUGCCCAUCGUCUUGGACACCGGCACGGACAACGAAACGAACCUGAAGGAUCCGCUGUACCUCGGUCUGCGGCAGAAGCGCGUCUCCAAGGCCGAGGAGAGAGAGUUCAUGGACGAGUUCAUGGAGGCCGUCAAGGACGUGUACCCCGACAUGGUUGUCCAGUUUGAAGAUUUUGAGAGCGAAAAGGCCUUCAACUACCUCGACAGGUACAGAAACAGCCACAGAUGCUUUAACGACGACAUCCAGGGCACCGGUGCCGUCAUCCUCGGCGGAUAUAUCGGCGGCGUGGAAAUAUCCGGCGUGCCGCUCGAGGAGCAGCGCCUCGUUUUCAUGGGUGCCGGUUCGGCCGGCGUCGGCGUCGCCAAGCAGCUCGUCGAGUACUACACUCGUAGAGGUCUCUCUGAGGCCGAGGCGCGCGACAAGUUCUGGCUUGUCGACACGAAAGGCCUCGUCACCGGCGACCGAGGCGACAAGCUGGCCGAGCACAAGAAGUAUUUUGCUCGCCGAGACAACAACGGCCUGCAGCUCCGCACGCUGGAGGAGGUCAUCGAGCACGUCAAGCCAAGCGCCCUCGUCGGUCUGACGGCGACGUUUGGCGUCUUCACCGAGCCCGUCGUCCGUGCUCUCAAGGCAUCCGUCGACGCCGGCGGCCCGGGUCGUCGGCCCAUCCUCUUCCCGCUGAGCAACCCCUUGACCAAGGCGGAGUGCACAUUCGAGCAGGCGGUCGAAUGGACCGACGGCUCCGUCAUCUUUGCCUCGGGCUCUCCGUUCCACGCCUUCACGACGAAGACCAGCGACGGCAGAUCGGUGACGUAUCAUCCCAACCAGGGCAACAACGUGUACGUCUUCCCCGGCCUCGGUCUCGGUGCCAUCCUCGCCAAGGCGUCGCGCAUCACGGACGACAUGGUGUACGCGUCAGCACAGGCGCUUUCCGAAACACUCAACCCGGAUGAGAUUCAGAGGGGCCUCAUCUACCCGAGAAUCGAGCGGGUGCGCGAGGCUAGCAUCGUCGUCGCCCGCGAGGUGAUGAAGGCAGCUCGUCGCGACGGCGUGUCGACGCUUCCCGAGACCAUGUGGCAUCAAUGGGAGGAGUGGGGCGACGUGGCCCUGACGACGUACAUCAAGCGGCGCAUCUACAACCCCAUGUGCUUUUCAGACUCGACCAACCAUGACUGUCCGUCUUGCAGCUCCGACACGAGGGCGCCGGCGACGCUGCGGAAGCGAGAAAACGGGUCGCACUUGUGA